AUGGCGUUUGUCCCAAUCAGAGAUGGAGAGUAUACCAGUACAAUUUAUGGGAUGGUAAGAAAAUACCUUAUAGCAUCCGAAUUGGUGGUACUUUAGAUCCGAGACAACAGAUUUUCCGACGCCAUGAGGAUUCUUCAAUAUGAGUUGCAACGACUGCCAAAUGUAAGCAAAUUUUGAAGCGAGAUUCGAUGCAAAGCGGUUGUUAAAACUUGGGGUAUAUAUGGAAAAAUUUUUUUAACAUUUUUAUUUUUAUUUUUUUACAUUUUCCAAUUUUCCAAAUUUAUUUUAAGUAUUUACUAUGCCACCCAGUCGGAACGUAUCUACAAAAUUUGAAAAAAAUCCGAGUAUUUUUUUGGUCCCACCACGAAAACCUGAAAAGCUGGAAUUUUGCGGGAAAUUUGCGAAAAAAUAAAGAAAACGGCUUGCAUAACAACCAAUAAGUUUUUGAAAUGUCGGAAAACAAUUCUGCAAAGUUCAUUUUUCAGAGUCGAGCAGGACUUUCGCUCCUGGGCUAUUGCUAUUAUCAAGUCCAAGACUAUCUAAUGGCCGCGGAGACUUAUGGAAAACUCUCAGAAUUAUACGGAGAUCACGCCGAAUACAAGCUGUAUCAUGCUCAGGCCUUGUAUCACGCAUUUAUGUUCCCUGAAGCCGAAACUGUCAUCCAUGACGUGAGUUUUUUAUAAAGGAAAUUUAUAAAAAACUUUUCAUUUUUUCAAAUUUUUUGGUAAGAAAUAAACCUAAACAUAGCGAAAAACAUCCGGUCUAAACCGAAUCUAAAUGCAAAAUUUGAAGAAACCUUGAAAAUUUUGAUUUUUGGUCCCACCACGAAAACUUGAAAAGCCGGAAUUUUAGCAGAAACUUGAUAAAAACGCAUAAAACGAAAGAAUUUUCAGAUUUUGGAAGAUAAAACUACGUAACUUUUUUUAAAUUUCAGUCUGCCGACGACCCAGCUAUCAGCUCUCAACUUCUCAAACUAACCGCAGCCAUAAAGUACCGUGAAGACGACGUGAACACCUCAAGAUUACUGGUCGAACAGUUCGAAGACGACGACCCGGACCAGGAAGUCAAUUUGGCUUGUAUCGAAUUCAAGCUUGGGGAUUACCCGAAAGCUAUCGAGCGAUUCAAAAAUGCCACCUCGGUUCAUGGAUUUCAGGCCGAUUUGGCCUAUUCUUUGGCACUCUGCCAUUAUCAGUUGGGGGAGACCGAACAGACGAUGCGAUAUAUAGCGGAUAUUGUAGAGAGGGGAGUCAAAGAUCAUCCAGGUAAAAUUUGGAGCAUUUUUUUUUUUUUUUUUUUUUUUGAAAAAUGUGAAAUUUUGAAAAAACUGAAGUUUUAAAAAAUCGAUUUUUUUUUUUUUUUUUAAUUUCGAAUCAAAAAACCGAAAAAAUUGAAAUUUGAAAAAACCCUUUUUUAUAAAAAGAAAAUGCAGUUGCCCCAAAUUUCAUCAAACCUCGCCCAUUUUCCCCCCAAUUUCUCUCUUCAGAGCUCGGCGUAGGCACCGUAACCGAUGGAAUUGAAGUCCGAUCAGUUGGAAACACCAUGAUUCUCAAUGAAACAGCGUUAAUUGAGGCGUUGAAUCUUCGAUUUGCCAUCGAAUACAAAUCGAAAAAUAUGGAAAAAGCGGCGGCCUGUCUGACCGACAUGCCUCCCAGAAGUGAGGAGGAAUUGGACCCGGUCACGUUGCAUAAUCAAGCACUUAUGAGUGUCGAUUCGAAUUUUGCGGACAGUUUCGCGAGGCUGCAGUAUCUUCUCACACAAAAUCCAUUCCCUCCGGAGACUUUCGCCAAUUUAUUGUUGUUAUACUGCAGAUAUGAGGUUAGGUUUCCCUCACUCAAAAGGCAAAAAACGUUGAUUUAUAUCAGGAAAUUCUAAACUACCCUUUGCUAGUCAUUUUCUUUCAUUUUUCUCAAACUUCCCACGAAAUUACGGGUUUUCAGGUUUUCGUUGUGGGACCAAAAAUACAAAUCUUCGAUUUCCUUCAAUUUCAGCGCGAAUAUUCUAUAUAGCCGAAGUAUUAACUGUUGAAAAUUUCAGCUCUCGCUCUGCUAGGAGAGCCAAGAUAUUCAACUUUUUGCGAGAGAUUCCGUAAAAUGAGAAGAGUCGGUCAGAGAAACCCAUUUUUUCAGCGAUGACUUUUUCUGCUCUCCUUGCAAAGUGACAGCUGAAAGUUUCAGGAGUUAAUACUUUGGCUGUAUAGAAUAUUCGUGCUGAAAUUGAAGAAAAUCGAAGGGAUUAGAUUUUUGGUCCCAUGACGAAAACCUGAAAAUCCGUAAUUUCGUGGGACGUUUGAGAAAAAUCAAAGAAAAUGACUUGCAAAGGGUAGUUUAGAAUUUCCUGACAUAAAUCAACGUUGGCCUAGAAUGUCUCUGCAAAAAUUUGAGCUUUUUGGCCCAAUCAAUUUUUUCAUUUCCAGUACUACGACUUGGCGGCCGAUGUGUUGGCCGAAAAUGCCCAUUUAACCUACAAAUAUCUGACUCAAUACAUGUUUGACUACCUAGACGCCUUGAUUAGUCAACAAUCCUCGCCGACCGACGCUUACAACAAGUUCGACGCACUCACAGCGGACCAGCUGAAUCAGUUGCGGAAGGCGCAUCAAAAACUGAAGGAAGUCAUGGACUCCGGAGACAAAAAGGAGAUCGAAAGGGCGAAGGACGAUAUCAAAGAGUGCAUGGAUAGGUAAUAUAGGAUUUGAGUUUCCAAAAAAGGCGCAGAAAUUCCGAAAAUUUUUAAUUUUCUUACAAUUUCGUUAGUACAGUGGGAGACCUGAUCUAGUGGCAAAAAACGUAUCAUUUUGCAUCCAGGAAGCAUAAAAAAUAUGGCAAAAUACCUCCCUCUCCAAGUGAAAAACUCAGAUUUCAAAACGAAGUUUUUUCACUUGGAGAGGGAAGCAUUUUGCCACAUUUUUGAUACAUCCCGGAUGCAAAAUGGUACGUUUUUUGCCACAGGAGCAAGUCCCCCACUGUAUUAUAAACUCAUCAAGUUUAAGUUAAACUUUUUUUCAGAUAUAUCCCAGUUCUGAUGGCACAGGCUCGAAUUGUUUGGGAGAGGGAGGAAUAUUCGAAUGUGGAGAGUCUUUUCUCAAGAUCUUCGGAAUUUUGCAGUCUAAACGAGACUUGGAUGUUGAACCUGGCUCAUACCUUAUACAUGCAGGUAGGUGAAAAAACCUCAACAAAUCAAACUUCAGGAGAAAUACAAGGAAGCCUCGGAGUGCUACGCGCCUAUAAUCAACACAAAGUUUGAAAAGGUAAGCGAAUUUUAAAAUUUUUGGAAAUUUUUUUUCAUCAUCAAUUUUGCGCCUAAAAUAAUGUCGAAAUUUGAAUUUUGAAUCAUUUUUAAAGGUCCAAAUUUCCUCUUCAGAUGUUAGACAUCAGCGCAAUUGUCCUGGCCAACGCCUGCGUCUGUUAUAUCCUCGGAAAUGCGAACGAUACCGCCGAAGAAAUCAUGAAACGCGUCGAGAAGGAGGAAAUGAAGAACCCCAAGAAGAAAUCCUUCCAUUUUUGCAUCAUUAAUCUGGUCAUUGGCACUCUCUACUGCGCCAAGGGCAACUACGAAUUCGGAAUUACGCGUGUAAUCGGCUCUUUGGAGCCGUAUGAGCAAAAAUUGGGACUGGAUACCUGGCAUUUUUCGAAGCGAUGCCUUCUCGCCAUGUUCGAACAGAUCGCGAAACAAAUCCUAAUGGUCCGAGAUGACAUCCUAAUGGCUUGCAUGGCAUUUCUAGAACACUGCGAAGGUGAGUGGAAAUGAAACUAGAGAUCAAUUAUAUUAUUCAUCAUGAAUUUCAGUGCACGGGAAGGACAUUUCAACACAAACGGACGGCCUAAUGGUCCAAAGUCAAGUGACGGACCCUAGGAAGACCGUUGCGUAUGAAGCGAGAACGCUGAAGGCUAUUUUGCUCAAACUUUUGGACUUGUGA